GAGCCGAGCCUCUCAGAAGGUUAGACGCAGAAGCCCGAUCAGAUCCACGCUGGCUCGGAGGUAAACCGAGCUUUCACUGCAGAAGUGUGCUGGAGAGCUGGAGCAUGCCUGCGCUUAGCGGUCAGAGAUAGGGAUGGAGUCGUGUCCGUUGGGGACCCUCGCCCUGAUCAGCGCCUGCUGCUGCUGGUUGGUCGCGCUGGCGGAGGUGAUUGGUGAUGAUAGCUACCUGAAUGAAGUUCAGAAUACAGUCCCUCUCUCCUGCUCAGAAGGUUUCACUGAGUUUGGAUACUACAAUGGCACAGUGUCUCAGACUGAUUCAGGCUCACCAUGCCUGAAGUGGACAGAGUUUCCUGAUUAUGUGCAGCAAUACCCUGACCGAGGCCUGGGAGAACACAAUUACUGCAGAAACCCAGACCGUGAAUCCAACCCCUGGUGCUUUUUCAGACAGAGCUCUGGUGCCAUUGGCUGGGCAUACUGUGACUGCCACCAGGGUGCAGUCAGGCUGGUCGGGGGCUCCUCCUCUAAGAGUGGACGUCUUGAGGUGUACUUGAAUGGUCAGUGGGGAUCUGUGUGUGACACUCACUGGACUGACCGAGAUGCCAGUGUGGUCUGCAGGCAGCUUGGUCUGGGUGACAUCGGCACUGCGCUUCAGCACUCCUACUUUGGUCCUGGUUCUGGCCUCUUCCACUACACGCGCCUUGGCUGCCGUGGCAACGAAAGCUCUCUCCUAGAGUGCCGGAGCAGGAAAUUUGUAACCAACGACUGUAACCAUGGCAACGAAGCUGGGGUGUUGUGUGCACCACCUGAAGGCACUGGCCCCCCUCUCAGACUGGUGGGAGGGGAAGAGGAUUUUGAGGGGAGGGUGGAGAUCUAUCACAAUGGCCUCUGGGGAACCAUAUGUGACGACCAGUGGGACGACAUGGAUGCUGAAGUUGUUUGCAGACAGCUUGGGCUUGUGGGCAUUCCAAAGGCCUGGUCAUGGGCUCAUUUCGGACAGGGCAGAGGACCGAUCCAACUAGAUGCUGUGCAGUGCACAGGAAAUGAACUCUCACUGGAUGAGUGCCCUCACAGUGGCUGGGAACAACACAACUGUGACCACAUGGAGGAUGCUGGCGUGUCAUGCAACCCAUAUACUGACGGAGUGGUGAGAUUGGUAGAUGGAGAUAACCCGUGGGAGGGCCGUCUGGAGGUGUAUCACUCUGGAGACUGGGGCACAGUCUGUGAUGACAACUGGACUGAGCAUCAUGCACAGGUGGUGUGCAGACAGCUAGGAUUCAGGGGAAGUGCAGAGGUGGCUCCUGCUGGGGUGUUUGGUGAGGGAACAGGCCUGAUACUGAUGGAUGAUGUGCAGUGUGAGGGAACUGAGUCCUCACUGCUUGAGUGCAAACACAGCGUGUGGGGUCGGCAUGACUGCUCUCACAGCGAGGACGUGGGCAUACGGUGUCAUAGAGCAGAGACUAAUGACGUUCCACUUGCCCCAGAAACAACAGGUCCUCUGGUGCGGCUGGCAGGCGGUGAGGGCAGGAAGGAGGGCAGAGUGGAGAUAUUCUUGAAUGGAGAGUGGGGCAGUGUCUGCGAUCAUGGAUGGAACGAUGUCAAUGCUGCUGUUGUUUGUAGACAGCUUGGCUUCAAUGGAGUGUCUAAGGCACGGUCUAUGGGCUACUUUGGCUCUGGAAAGGGCCAGAUGCAUUUGGCCAAUGUGAGGUGCACAGGCAAAGAGUCUUUCCUUGGAGAGUGUCCUGCUAAAGGGCCAGAUAGCCAUGUGUGUAAGCAUGGCCAGGAUGCAGGUGUACUGUGUGGCUAUGUUCCAGAGCCAGAGGCAGACAUCGCUAUAGUCGGGACCCACACCUGCGGCAUGAGAGGAGGGGCUGAAAGACGCAGCAAGAGGAUAGUCGGCGGGAACAAGUCUCUCAAGGGAGACUGGCCAUGGCAGGCAUCGCUGUGGCUCAAAUCUCAGUCAAGAGGAUCACAGCCCUUGUGUGGAGCCACUCUCAUCAACUCCUGCUGGAUUCUCACUGCAGCACAUUGUUUCAAACGGUUUGGCACUGAUGCGUCUCGGUAUGUGGUAAAGCUGGGUGACUAUCACACAGAAGAGCAGGAUGACUUUGAGCGUGUGCUCACUCCAGAUCAUGUGGAGGUCCACAGGAAGUAUAGCAGUGAGAGCUGGGAGCACGAUGUUGCUCUGAUCCGGCUAAAGGGAGCUGAGGGGAAGUGUGUGUCCUUCAACCCUCACACUAACGCAGCUUGUCUGCCUGCACCUGGCAGCAAGUGGGGCAAGAGACCUGCUUCAUGUGUUAUCACUGGCUGGGGUAUGUCAGACACUAAUCGCCCUCAUACGCUGCUCCAGGCCUGGGUUCCUCUCCUCCCCUCAUGGCAUUGUAGGAAACGAUAUGGUGAGCGCUUCUCCAGUCAUAGCAUGCUCUGUGCUGGCAGCAUGACCCCUAACCCACACCAACAUGCUGACAGUUGUCAAGGGGACAGCGGUGGGCCUCUGGUGUGCCAGGGCGAGGCAGGCCGCUGGGUACUAACAGGUGUCAUCUCAUGGGGUCACGGCUGUGGUGACCCUUCCUACCCAGGCGUGUAUGCACGAGUCAGCCGCUAUCUCCCCUGGAUUGAGCAGGUGACACACAGCAAGGCUCCUCCCCAACACUGAAUUACAACCUGACAAUGAGCACCAGACUCUAGACACAGGAAGGAAGAGCCAGUCAGCAUCAGGCACCAUGUAUUGCUCAACACUGCACUCUGCAACAGCCCUGGAUACUGCUCUCUUUUACCCAGUCUUAUCUCGUCUUACCUGGCAUUGAUCCUUAGCAUUUAGAGAACUUGGUCCUUAACAUUUAGACUUUAGGCUUAAUACUCUGGAAAUCCAAGGUCAUAUUGAGUGACGUGAUGUGAUAUUUGAAGGAAGUUAAGUGUUCUUUAUUUCUGUGUUGUUGUGCUGUCCGGAGGCUGCAGUGCAUGUUAAUGUGUAUAUUAUAUUCAAAAGCCAUUCAGUGCAGCCGCCAGUUCCUCUGCAUGGUAGAUAAUGUGCCACAGCUUGCUGUGAGCUGGUUAAUUUCUUUCUGUGGAUAUGUCGCUCCUCUACUGACAAAAGCAAAAUCUAUUUCUUAAGCCUUCGUCUACUGAUUACUGUUAGUCCAUUCGAAUACUUAAAUUUAUAGCUCAUUAAGAAUGAAUUAUUCAUUAAAUCUUUAAUAAUCAUUAAGCUUACAAUCAGUGUCAUGACAUAACAUGAUGUUUUAUUCACUUGACUGGCCAUUAAAAAUGUGUAGGUUGUUUUCAUAAAAAGUAAUAUUAGAUAAAGCCAUUAUGCCAUCACAGAUGCCUCAGAAACAACCGUUAAACGUCCAUUUAAGGUCAAAUAGUGUUGAAAUGAAGUAAAUCAAUGUGAGAACAAUUCAUAAUCUGGGAUUGACACAUUGUUUUUUAUUCCUAAAUGUUCCCAGAAACAAUUCAGCAUAAAAUACAUGUAAAUAUAUUGCUUUCUUUUAGACUUGUCUGUUAUUUUUUAGACAAUAGAAUAUGUAGUUUAACUCUAAUAGGGAAUAGCCAUACUUUAUUUACAUGGUAUAUACACUUUUGUUUGUGUCAGAACGAUGACAUUCCAAAUGGCAUUACAUUAGAGCAGAAAAUGUAGUUUUCUUUGUCACACAAUUUCCCAGUUUCACUUUUGCCUUUAACCUGUAAGUGUUAAUGAGCUAAUUGUGAAGAACUUGGGAAAAUGUUCAUUUGUCUGGUUUAGAGAGAAUCGUUUUACCUUGUCACAUGCCAUGAUAUUACUGUUUGGCUGUAUGGAGUUUGCAUUAUUCAUCCAGUGGGUGGCAAUAUUGUGUUUACUACAGAAUUGGAUUUCAGCUUUACUGUAGGUCAUAUAACGUAUUAGUCUUAUAGAGUGUGUCCUUUGCUUUUAUGCUUAGACAAUUAUCUGUUAAUACAACAUGAAAUUAAGGCACAGGAUUUUACUAGAAGAUGUUGCAGUGACAUAUAUGGCACUUUUUUUUUUUAAUUUACAUAAAUUGGAAGGAAACAAGUAGUAAGGGCUUUGUAAAAUAUUACUACUUAUAAUUGGCUGCAUAUUUACUGUAAAUAAGGAGUCGAGUGAUAUUGUUUUAGAUACACAAGCUUUUCUUUGAAUGGUAAUUAAUGUUUGGUGAAUUAUCAAGGUUCUUUGUAAAUAUUUCCAUUAGGAAAAAUGUCAGACAGAAGGUGUAGUAUUUCUUACAAAUGAUUAAAUGUGAAGCCAGUGUUGUGUUUUCUUAUUGUAUGUCCAUAAAGAUGAGAUUUGCCUAUAAGUACAUUUUAAACAUAUAACAUUAUUUACAUAGAUAUUUGUUCUUAAACUGUAAUUUAGCGAGAGAUGCAGCAUAAUCCCAUUAACAUAAAAAUGCUAUUCAUUCAAUCUGCCUUAAUAUACAUAAUAUAAUAAGGUAUGCUUAUUUUACAGAUUUUUGCAUUACAAAUGAUUUUGAUCACUCUGCAAAAUUAAUCAUACCUUAUGAAAAUAUCAAGAUUUUUGUCUCUGUAGGCCUGUGAAACAGACAGAUAGGUCUUUAUCUAAAUGAACUGUGUAUGUUUGGAGCUUUUUUUUGUCCUCAGUUUAAUGGUGAUGCCUACUCUGAUCAGUUUAAGCCAUGUUUUUGUGAUCUGGCCUUCAGGAGAGUGCCGACCAGCACUAGGCCUUAAAAAAUGGCCUUAAAAAAUAAAAGACCAUUAGCUUCAUUCCACAUGAUGAGGAAAUGGGGCGAUGAUGUCAAUUGCAUGUCAUACAAUCAUUUGUUUGUAUGUGAUGAACAAAUCAUUCAGUCUUCUGUGAAAUUUCUGCUAGAUCUGUAAAAGAAGAUAUUUUAUGUGUGAAAGGUACCAAAAUAAAAUUUCUUCUUGUGCCA